GGAGGACAGGCGGUGUCCUCUCAGUCUGUCAGGAAACGAAACUGAGACACAAGACUUCUCUCCAGCUGAUAUUGCUGCUUCUUCACUGAGAGAAAACGUUCAUCCAGAAAUGGCCUCAGCCAACAUCUCCGCAUCUGACGACCAGUUUUUGUGUUCGAUCUGUCUGAGUGUUUUCACUGAACCCGUCUCCACUCCCUGCGGACACAACUACUGCAAGAGCUGCAUCGUGGACUUCUGGACCCUCAGCGACGUCCACCAGUGUCCGCUGUGCAAGGAGAAUUGUCGCACAGCCCCUGAGCUGCAAGUCAACACCGAAUUCAGAGACAUGUUGGAGCUUUUCAAGAGGACAAGGGUUGCAGGUGAGGACGGGGGUUCCUGUGCCAGUCCUGAGGAGGUGCCAUGUGACCUCUGCCAUGGUGUGAAGCGUAAGGCCCUGAAAUCCUGCCUGGUUUGUUUGGCCUCUUACUGCCACAUUCACAUGAAACCACAUCACACGGUUCAGGCCUUAAAGUGGCACGAGCUGAUCAACCCUGUGGUGACCCUGGAGGACAGGGUGUGCCAGAAACACAACAAGGUGAAAGAGUUUUUCUGCAGGAGAGAUGGAAGCUGUGUUUGCGUGGUGUGCUUGAGGGACGACCACGUGACGCACACAGCCGUCUCUUUGGAGGAAGAGAUGAAGGAGAGGAAAACCCAGCUGACACACAUGAAAAGGAGCGUCAAGCACACUCUGAACCGGAAGUGCAUCUUGGCUAAGAAGAUUGAAAAUGCGAUGAUGCUGGGUCGGCAGGAAGUGGACAGAACGAAAGCAGAAACUGCCGAGGCCUUCGCCGCUCUGGCGGCCAUGAUCGAGACCAAAAAGGUGAAGCUGAUCGAGCUGUUGGAGGAGAAGCAGAAAGCGGCCGAGCAGCAGGCCGAAGCACUCCUGAGACAACUGCAGCUGGAGAUUUUCGAGAACGAUCGGACCAGAACCAAGCUGGAAGAGCUCUCAAAGACCGAGGACGACUUCAGACUCCUCCAGGACCUCCCGUCCGUCCCCUCCUCUUCAAACACAAAACAGUGUUUUACAGCCAGAGUCCAACCUCUCCUGCAGGUGGAGACAGUGAGGAGCGCGUUGGCCAAGCUGGAGGAGAUGCUCAACCAACAGAUGGAGGAUAUUACCAGAGAAGUCAAUCAAGCAGAUCAAGAGAAGACACUCCAGGGACUGAUGCCUGAUGAUGAGCUUGGGAAAAUCCAGAAGGAAUAUGCAAUAAAUGUUACUCUGGACCCCAACACAGCACACCCAUCCCUCAUCCUCUCAGAGGACAGGAAACAAGUGAGGGACGGAGGCGCAAAGAGGAACGUCCCUGACAACCCCGCAAGGUUUGACAACCUCCAUUUUGUCCUGGGAAAUGAGGGCUUUUCCACCGGCAAGUUCUACUAUGAAGUUACGCUUAAAGGGCAAACAGGAUGGGAAGUCGGGGUGGCAAGAGAGUCCAUCAGCAAGAAGGGUGUCAAUCUGUGUCUCAGCCCUGAAAACGGAUGCUGGACAUUGGGGUCGUAUUGGGGACGUUGCCAGGCCAACACAAACCCUCCAGUCAUCCUGUCCUUGUCUCAGCAGCCCCAGAAGGUUGGAGUGUUUGUGGAUUAUGAAGGAGGGCUGGUUUCUUUCUACAACGUGGAUACCCGGGAUCUGAUCUACGCCUUUACGGGAUGUGUCUUUGCAGGAAGUGUACCGUUUCUGAGAAAUUUACUAGCGUUCAGUGUUUACUCAGCAAAGACCAGGAUCUACCCUUUAUUCCGGCCAAGCUGUGAGGAGGGGAGUGACUCUGCUCCUCUGCAGAUCACUCCUGUCUGAUGCACCAAAGGGAAGAAUAGUGAUCCAGUAAGGCAGUGCCUAUUUUAGAGGGAUUUUUUGGCUUUUAUGUGUUUUUCUUAUACUUGUGGGUAAAUUUCAGUGCAGAUUCAGAUGCCUUGUAUAGCUGUCACUAUUAUACUACAGUCACAUCUGGAGAUAAUGUUUAAGAUUCGUGUGAAACAGACGUAUACACCAAAAAAAUCUCAUUGGUAUAUAACAGACACAUGAUAGUGUGUACAUUAAUGUUCUAUUAUUGUUAUUAUGCUAAUGUUCUACAUAUGGUUGUUGCUUAUGAUUAAUUACUUUAUCACAUAUUCAGAACCCAUCAGACUCUGCGUGCAAGCUUUGGGGCAAAGUUAUUGUCGUGUCUUGCCAAAUGUACAGUCAGAGUCGGACUCUGCUGCGCCACCUAGUGGAGCGCACAGUUAAUAGUUGGUCAUAUGCACAGUUGAAUGUUUGUGUUGAAACUGAUAUUAUGUUGGACUAAUAGAGGACUGAAGAAAUGGAGUUCAGGAGGAGAUGAGAAGUGAAGCUCUCUACGUCAUGUCUACCUGACUGUAUGUCUCAUUCAUGUUCAGGUAUGAUGUUACUUGACAUUCCCUUUGGUUCUUUGGAUUCAUUGUCUUGUUUCUUGAUUUUUACAUGUUUAAUCAAUAUAGAAAGAAAAGUUGCAGCCCAUCUAAUUACAUUUUGAAAGUUUUCACCAGAAAUGAGCCAUUCUGUCUGCUGGUGCCAUGGGAACAUUUAUAUUCAUGUUAGUACACCGCCCUCUGCUGGUCAAGGCAUGUAACGACAUCUUUGUUUAUUUUGAAAUGGGUGCCGUUACGUCCCGUGGCCACUGGAGGACGCUGCAGAAAUAAUUAUAAACGCUUUGAUUCAAUGAAAGUAAAGUGGAAAACAGGACGGUGGUGUUCUGAGCUGGUGUUUUGAUAUGUAACACGUGUUCCCUCAUGUAUGCUGUUGUUUUUAUCUUUACAUGUGGUUGGAGUGUAAUUACAAGACUGUUUAUUUUGAAAUCUGAUCGGCAUUUGAAGGUUCAAUUCAGUGAAGGAUCUUGUAAAUAAAGUUUAUUAUUUGUACAAAAGAAAAAAAAUGCACACUGUGAUUUCUCACUUCGAUGAGAUGUGGCUGUAGGG